AGACAUGCACAGCCUCCUCCUCACGACGCUCCGAUCGAAGUGAAAAAAAAACACGAAGAGACUCCACCAUGCUGUCUUCCUCUGCAAUUAUGAAAUCUCCUCUGAUUUGUGUGUCCAACCUGCUCCUCCUCUUGCUCCUUUCUACGUUCUGGGAUCAUUCUGGUAUCGACGCAGCUUCAUUCAGAGACCACCGGCUACGAGGCGCCGAGUCAAACCCACCUUCUCCAAACGAAGACAUGUUGAAAGCUCUAGAAUACAUCCAAAAUCUUCGCCAAAACGCCAAACCUCAAGACCAACAAUCCCCGGACUUUGAGAGAUCUUUGGGACGAGAUCAGCACAGCGACGAACCAAGAUUACAGGAUAAAAGUGAGGAGUUGUUGCAAGCUGUUUUGAGUACACUUCAGCAGACAGAAAAAGCAGCAAAUCAACCUAAUCCCAAUCCAAAUUCGUUAUCCCCGCACAAAGAGAUGCCGUUAAUGUUCGAAGACGAUGAAAAAAACGACGCGGAGGACGGCGAAGAGGAUCUGGAUCAUUCAGAUAACUUUAAACGAACAAACGAAAACGUGGAAGAGAAAUACACCCCGCAGAAUCUGGCAACGCUACAGUCUGUGUUCGAUGAGCUCGGUAAAAUGAAUUUCAAUUUCAAUUCCAAGCGGGAAAACAGCGAGGAAGACGACGGUUUGUAUGACAUUCGAGAUACCGCAUACGACGAAAGUGACUGGGAUCAAGAGAAGGAAGGUGAGCGUAGGCAAGAGUUCGAGCGCGCGCUGGAUUAUCUUGAAGAUUACGACCAAGAGAAUGAACAAGACAACGACGCUAGAUUUGUAACCAAAAGAUCUCAAGACGAAGAUGAGGGCGAGAUGGCGAACCUAGCGGACUUUUAUUUGCUGAAAGUUUUGGAGCAGACGGAAGAGGAGGAGCAGAAGAAACGAGAGAUAGAAGAGGAGGAAGAGGAGGAGGAGAGAAGGGAGAGGAGCGCAGCUGAGUUUAGAAACAGCAUCGAUCCUAAAAUGAUCUACAAACUUUUGCAGAUUUCACAAAAGUACCAAAUCCCACCUGAAGAUCUGGUUGAUAUGCUGAGAACCGGUGAAAUUUCUGCAAAAAAGACCUACAAAAAACCCAAUUAUUUCAGCAGAAGGUUACCAAUUAGGCCAAAAACACCAGAAGAGAUGAGAUCAGAAAGAGUUUUGAAGAUUUUAGGUUUAACUGGGGAUCAAAACAAUGCCCAAAGCCCAUUCAGAAAGCACUACACAAAAACCACGUACUCUCCCAUUUGGCGACAAGGAGGUGUGGUCGCCAAGCAACCACUGCCAAAACAAAGAUUCCCGUCCAAGCUAAAGGACGAUUACGACGAUACCGAAAAUGAACUCGCGACAUUUUUAGCGGCGCGGAUGUUGUCAAAAUACCCAUCGUACAAAGCUAAGACGAACCAAAAAAGGGAGGAGUCAGAAGAGGAGGAGGCGGAGUCAUUUGAAAGAGCAGUUCAGGACUAUUUCGAUCAACUGGACUCAAACAGAAAUGAAAAUAGACAGUCCGGCUUGGAGCAGAGAGGAGCGGAGGAUUUUGACAACGAGGAAGUGAUGAAGUUGCUAAGCUUUGUAAACCCUGAUACUGAACAAGAUGCCAAAAACACAGAAUAAUUGUCGUAAUAUGGAUUGUACAUAGAUGUAUAGACAUAUAUGGUGGAAAAGAGAAGUAUUCAAAUGAGUUACUAGCUAUAAGUGAUUCUCAAACUUAACCAGGACUAAACCAGGUCUGAAGGGGGUUUAAACCAGUGCAGGACCAGGUCUAGAUCAGGACUAAACAACUUCAAACCAAGACCAUACAUAAACUAAACCAGAUAUCAGGACACAACGCAAUACAAACUAAAACGGCAGAACGUGGAAACCAAACCAGAACUAAACAGGAAAAUGACCAGCUCUUGACCAGGAGGACUAACCAACAAGGACUUAACUCAGGUCUAAUCCCAGCCAAACCAGGUCUAAACCAGGUCUUAAACCAGCCUAAACCAGAUCCCUACUCAUCCUAAAUAUGAUCAGCUGCCUCCAAAAACUAACUUUGGACUAACUAAAGUAUAAAAAAGUAAAAUAAAGACCUAAACCGAGUAUAUAACAGGUCUUUACCUAGUCUAAAUGGUAAAUAAUCACAUUUUUAUAUACCGUUUUUCCACCUUUUAAGGCACUCAAAGCACUUUACAUCAAGGAACCACUCACCAAUGCACAUACCAGUGUACGCAAACACUGUGGGCAAGGUGGGUUAAGUGUCUUGCCCAAGGACACAGCGACAGUAUUCAUCUGUGGCAGCUGGAAUCGCACCGCCAACCUGUGAGUCAGUGGAUCUUGACUGCUCAACCAAUGAUCAUUAUGUCCAGAGCGGAAUUUGAACCAUCAACCUUCGGAUCACAUGAGCCAUCAACUGAGCAACUGUCGGGUCUGUCACGAUAGCAAAUUUUGAAGCGCGAGACAUUGCUGAAGUAAAUAUUUUAAUAAAGUUGUGCCACUAACAGAAAAACCUAAGAGAAGAAGUAGAGUUAUCCGAAAAACUAAUCUAAAUGUAGCAGAAUGAAACUCUUGUGUAUUUAAUUUGUUAUUUAUUCAACCCUGUAAAGCUCAAAUCUUAUCAUAGAACAGAAAAAUAACUAAAUGUUCUCCAGAAUUACAAAGAAAAAUCUGUCAAGUAUUUAACUAAAACUAAAUAUAGCAAUUAUCAUGACAGGCCUAGUUAGUGUCACCCUAAACCAGGUCUAAAUCAGAUCUAAACCAGCUCUUAACCCGGUCUAAACCAGAUCUAAACCAGGUAUAAAGCAGAUCUGAACCAGGUCUAAACCAGGUAUAAAGCAGAUCUGAACCAGGUCUAAACCAGGUCUAAAGCAGAUGUAAACCAGCUCUUAACCCAGUCUAAACCAGGUCUAAAUCUGGUCUAAACUCGGACUAAACUAGGUCUAAACCAGGUCUAAACCCGGUCUAAACCCAGUCUAAAUCUGGUCUAAUCCCAGUCUAGCCUUUGCCAAACAGUUUGAGAACCACUGUAUAGAUCACUGAGUUAUAAUGUUAGUUUAGUUUGAGGUUUGCGUUGUUCUGAGAUAUUUUUGUGUACAUGAGCUCACCAGCCUCAGCCACUGCAGUGUUUAGACCCUCUGUGUCUCUGCUGUUUUUACUGUGCUGUGUCAUAGACCACAUCCCAAAUAAAGCAUUGACUUUAUU